GAUGGAACUUACUGUUUGUAUUUUGGCUCUCCGAGAAUUUCAACCGAAUUUUGUGAAGAAUUAAUUUUACCGAAGAAAUGACACCCAGCACACUUUUUGUGUCUCUCUAUGGACUAGCAGCAGAAUUUUCAUUUUAACCGCCUGCCAUUAUUUACAGGUUCUCGAGAAUUUAUUUGCGCAUCAGUGAACUCUUUCGAGAGCCAAACUUAGAUAUUCAACAAUACGGCACCACACCAGACCCAGAUAAAAUCUUUAAAUGAAAUCAUGCAAUUCAAACACCGUUUAAUGGGGUAUUAUCUGCUUGAAAAUGCUUGCUUUUAACACCGACCGCAUAACUAUGGUGAGAAGAUGUCUUCUGACGUUCAAGCCCUUCAGGAUUUUUGUGGCGGGGAUUGGCUUUUUUAGCGUCUGCUUCUUGGUGACCUCUCUGGGGGGGCAGUUAUCCCCGAAGCGACUCAGGGACUCUCCGUUCACCAUCCACACAGAAGUACAGGGAGGUCUGGAGUCCCGUGGAGUACUAAGAAAGAUCAGUGACAUGUUGGAAAUCAUUCUGAAGAGGAUCGAUACUCUUGCCAAACUCAGCAACACCAGUGAAAGCCACAGACUUGAGGAAUUAAGCUCUGCUCUUGACAGAUUCCAGCCAGUGGGACUCAUGGAGCGAAUUCAGGCUAUUGCUCAGAAUGUGUCUGAUAUAGCCGUGCGCAUGGAUCAGAUCCUGCAGAAGACAGGGAAAGAUGGAAUCGUGGGUCAGUGUGAAGUCCCAAAAGAUCCUCGGUACCCAGACUGUGCCAGUAAAGUUGAUUGGAUGAGAGCCAGAUGGACAUCAGACCCCUGUUAUGCCUUCUACGGAGUGGAUGGCUCUGACUGCUCCUUCCUUAUCUACCUGAGUGAGGUAGAAUGGUUCUGCCCCCCGUUGCCAUGGAGGAACCAUAGCAGCCAAUCCACAGUCAGUAGUGCCCCAGAGAGACAGGCCAUGGUGCGUUCUGAUCUGGGUCCCCUGCUGGAGCAGCUGGGCUCAGGGAAGGAGUCUCUGAGCUUCAUGAGGAGGAGAAUGCGCAGGCUGACUACACAGUGGGCUGUGGCUGCACGCCGACUGCAUGAGCAUCUGCUCACCUUCCAGAGGCCACAGAAGAGGGUACUGGUGCAUGUGGGUUUUCUGACAGAAGAGUCUGGUGAUGUGUUCAGUCCUAAAGUGCUAAAGGGAGGACCCCUGGGGGAGAUGGUGCAGUGGGCUGACAUCCUAGCUGCCCUUCAUGUGCUGGGGCACAACCUCAAGAUCUCAGUAUCGGUUAAGGAGCUGCAGGGGUUCCUCGGCGUGCCCCCAGGAAGAGGAAGCUGCCCACUGCGUGGUCCUUUGCCCUUUGAUCUAAUCUACACUGACUACCAUGGACUGCAGCAGAUGAAACAGCAUAUGGGCCUCUCCCUCAAAAAGCACAAGUGUCACAUCCGAGUGAUCGACACAUUUGGCACAGAGCCAGCAUAUAACCAUGAGGAGUAUGCCACUUUACACGGAUACAGGACCAACUGGGGUUACUGGAACCUCAACGGACGCCAGUACAUGACUAUGUUCCCACACACUCCUGACAACUCCUUCAUGGGGUUUGUGGCUGAGGAACUCAACCAGACAGAGAGGAUCAGCAUUCAAAAUGACAAAGUCAACAACAUGGCUGUGGUCUAUGGUAAAGAGACCAGCAUGUGGAAGGGUAAAGACAAGUUCCUAACCAUCUUACACCGUUACAUGGACAUCCAUGGAACAGUCUACUAUGAAACCCAACGCCCUCCGGAAGUUCCUGCCUUUGUCAGGAACCACGGCUUGUUGCCCCAGCAUGAGUUCCAGCAGCUCCUGCGGAAAGCCAAGCUUUUUGUAGGCUUUGGUUUUCCUUACGAAGGCCCUGCCCCUUUGGAGGCCAUAGCCAAUGGUUGCAUUUUCCUGCAGCCCAGGUUUCAACCCCCACGCAGCUCGUUCAACAAUGAGUUCUUCAGAGGGAAGCCCACAUCCAGAGAGGUAUCGUCUCAACAUCCCUAUGCGGAGCAGUACAUUGGCAAGCCUCACGUCAUCACUGUGGACUACAACAGCUCGGAGGAGGUCGAGGCAGCCAUUUGGGAAAUCCUGAAAGCCAAGGUAGAACCUUUCUUGCCCUAUGAGUACACCUGCGAAGGAAUGCUAGAGAGAGUCAAUGGUUACAUCCAGCAUCAGGACUUCUGCCACCUGGACAGGCCCUUUCCCUCAACCAACGAGUCCAGGUUGUGGCUGGGGAAUCCACCCAGCCCUUUCAUGCCAUUGCCAAACUCCACGGUGCUGGCCUGGGCUUCUAAUGCCACGUCUGUGCCCUGCUGGCCCCCAGUCAGUGCCCUGCGGCUGUUGCUGGCUCCAAAGGUUUGCUCCUGUGUGAAGGCAUGCCAGGAUGUGGGCCUCGUCUGUGAGCCUGUGUUCUUCCCUUUCAUCAACAUCAUGGAGACCUUCAGUGGGUUGGGUGUGCAGUGUCAGGCUCUCGAAGUGGAGAUGAAGCAUGUGUUCCCCGCUGUGGCUGUGGAAAGGAGUGAGUGCUUCCUGCAAAAGGAGCCGCUCCUUUUCAGCUGUGCCGGGGAGAGUUCCAAGCACCGGCGUGUCUGUCCCUGCAGGGACUACCUCCGCGGUCAGGUGGCACUGUGCAGAGACUGCCUCUGACCUUGCUGUGCAUGCCUGUGGAUAUCCAUGGUAUACCAAGGCCAGGCCUGAGGCGGGGCAGGAGACAGCCCGCCCAGUGUGAGACUGGGUGCACGAGGAUGGACAGGCUAAUUAAUGGACUGAGGCCGGCUGCAUCAGAGGCGCUUUGAA